UCAAGGGCAUAGAGCGGGUUUCUGCUGGUGUGCCUGGCCUCACGUGUUAGGCACUCGUUCGAAAGGCAUUUUUAUUUUAACUUUACGAAUAUGGAUAGUUUUGGUUCGGAUUUCUCGUCCGGCGCUGGUUCCGGUAAAAUGGACACGGGGAGCAUAAUGGAGCAGGUCAAAGUGCAGAUUGCGGUGGCGAACGCACAAGAGCUGCUGCAGAGGAUGACGGACAAGUGCUUCAAGAAGUGCAUCGGCAAACCCGGAGGAACCCUGGACAACUCUGAACAGAAAUGCAUUGCUAUGUGCAUGGAUCGAUAUAUGGAUGCGUGGAACACCGUGUCCCGAGCCUACAAUUCCAGACUGCAGAAGGAGAGGGCGCGGAUUUGAGGACCUCCUUCCUCCGCUUCGGUGCUUUUCGAUCCCGCGUGCAGAAGGAAGACCCAAGUUCCAAGCACACGUGCUUGGCACAGUAACAGACGAGGCUGCUGGACCUGCGCUCUGCUGUCAGAGAUGUCAACUGCAGGCUUUUGUGAUUCGUUGUCCUUUACUGAUUUUUCAUAGAAUGGACGUUAUUAAUCAAUACAGGAAAAAACUUUGUGUUGAAAGAACUGUUAAAAACAAAAAAAAAAAAAAAUCGACAACUUGAAAAUGGCUCUCUCUAGUGCAUCGGCGUGCUCUGUCAUUUUCUAAAAACGUAAUGCUCUGUGCUUCCUGUAUAGUCCUCAUUUACUUGUCAUGGGCUGUUAAUUCAUAAAAUCUCCCUUAUGACGGAGAAAGAGUCUGCCGCGUUCUGCAACUUAAGUUCAUUAAUUGUGAUAAUGUUGGAAAAAGCUCUUCUCCACAUUUUAUACCGAGAUGCUCUUCAAUAACGAAACCUCAUUGUUAGUCUUGCUGUUUUAACUGUCACACAAGUACUGGUCACAUUAAUGGGUUGGCUUUUAGUAUGUACCAAUUAUUUUUUUAAUUUGAGCCAAAACAAGUCGCAAUAACAUUUAUCAGUCAAACUGUACAGUGGCCAUUGCUGGGCAGGUAUUUGAGGGGUUGAGGUGUUCGGUUGUUCGCCGAGCUUGGCAUUUAGGUUGCACCU